GUUCUCAUCACAUACACACAGUGCAUGCACAGGGCUGGGAGACAUGGGCCGAGCACAGCGGGAGAUGGGGCCGUGCAGGGACUGAGCCGAGCGUACCCGAUACCCAACCCCCACCCACCCCACCGACAGCACCGAGCACAUCACCGGCACCAGUCCUACAACUCCUCCCUCCCCCCCCUCCCCGCCUGUCUGCGGCCCGGGAUCGGCUAAUCACAUCGACAUGUUCGCCAAAGGGAAAGGAUCGGCGGUGCCGUCCGACGGCCAGGCCCGGGAGAAGCUCGCCCUUUAUGUAUAUGAAUACUUGCUACAUGUCGGCGCCCAGAAAUCUGCACAGACGUUCCUGUCUGAGAUAAGGUGGGAGAAGAAUAUCACAUUGGGGGAACCUCCAGGCUUUUUACACUCUUGGUGGUGUGUGUUCUGGGACUUAUAUUGUGCUGCUCCAGAAAGGAGGGAUACCUGUGAACAUUCAAGUGAAGCAAAAGCUUUCCACGACUAUAGUGCGGCAGCCGCCCCAAGCCCAGUUCUUGGCAACAUUCCUCCCAGCGAUGGGAUGCCAGGAGGACCCAUUCCCCCCGGCUUCUUCCAGCAGGGUCCCCCAGGAUCUCAGCCAUCUCCUCAUGCACAGCAACCACCUCACAACCCCAACAUGAUGGGUCCUCACAGUCAGCCUUUUAUGUCGCCUCGAUAUGGUGGAGGACCCAGGCCGCACAUAAGAAUGGGAAAUCAGCCACCAGGUGGAGUUCCAGGAUCACAGCCCUUAUUACCAAACUCUAUGGACCCGACCCGACAAGGACACCCUGGCAUGGGAGGACCUAUGCAAAGGAUGAAUCCCCCCCGACCGAUGGGCCCCAUGGGUCCUGGACCUCAGUCUGACCCUUGGUUAUCAUUGCAGAAUUAUGGAAGCGGAAUGCGGCCUCCACCCAAUUCAUUAGGUCCCGGCAUGAACAUGGGUCCAGGAACAGGCAGACCAUGGCCAAAUCCAAAUAAUGCAAAUUCAAUUCCAUACUCUUCGUCAUCACCUGGCACAUAUGUGGGGCCCCCUGGUGGUGGAGGACCUCCGGGAACACCGAUCAUGCCCAGCCCUGCAGAGUCGACAAAUUCAAGUGACAACAUUUACACAAUGAUGAAUCCAGGACCACCCACAGGAAACCGGUCAAAUUUUCCAAUGGGACCUGGUUCUGAUGGGCCUAUGGGAGGAAUGGGUGGAAUGGAACCUCAUCAUAUGAACGGGUCAUUAGGGUCUGGAGACAUGGACGGACUUCCUAAGAAUUCCCCAAACAACAUAAGUGGCAUUAGCAACCCUCCAGGCACACCUCGAGAUGAUGGAGAGUUAGGAGGAAACUUCCUUCAUUCCUUCCAGAAUGACAAUACCUACAUUUUGUUAUCAAGACACAGCGCACAAAGAGCAAAGGCAUACCAGAAAACAAAAUAGAAACGAAGAAAAAGAAAACAAUUUACUCUCCCAGCAUGACUAUGAGCGUGUGACACCGAGGACAACUCUUCACUCAGCUGCUGCUUUGGAAGAUUACUGAGAUUGCCGGAGACCGUUGUCUGGAGUUGCAGAAGAGGAUCAAACAGCUCCUUCAGUUUGGUUUCAUGCAAUAAAAAGCCAAAACUUUUUAUUCCAUCAAACACAGUUCAAAAACUGUCAAGACAAGAAAAUCCUUCUCAAAGGAUUUAUAUCUGUACAUAAAAACAUUUUUUUUUUUUUUUUCAUUUUUUUUUUUUUUUCAUUUGCAAGAGAAGGAAAUUUCAAGUUAUGAAUAUGAUUGCUGUGUACUUUUUAUAUUCCCCCCCUCUCCCAUUGUUCUAUGUCUGUGACGUGAUAUUCAAGGAGAAUAGCUCAAAUAGGAAAAUUCAUGUGUCUUUUAGUUUUUAGCUUUAUUUUUAUUUUUUUUGUUGAAUGGACUGAGGUUUUCAGUUACCCACUUCCCUCCAAAGAGAUUUUAGUGCAGACCCGGACCUCUGGAAAAUCGUUUUAUUUUAUUUUUUAUUUUUUUUUCCACCGUGCAGAAGCGGUCAGAACUGCACCUCUUUACCUCAUACAAACACUUGAUCUCCUGUUUUAAACACCUAAGACUAUGUAUGAUUUUUUUUCUUUUUACCUCUGCAAGAGAGAAAAAUUACCACAAGCUCCCAGAAUCAAGAGGACACAUUCGGUGCACAAAGGGAUUUUAUAGGACUAUGCGGCCUGCAACUUGCUGCAUUUUUAUGAACUGGUUGCAGACUCUGGACGGAAGGAAAUACUCAUUUGUGUGGCGGCGCGGUGUGAUUCGGAGCUUCUGGCGCCACCAAAGAAAGAUCCUCCCGUGUACACUCCUACUGCACAGCUGCCACCAACCUUGCAGAUGCAACUGCCUGGUCUGUUUUCUGUCACACCAUUGUUGGCCCAGAACAACUUCAGCUGAUAACACAACACUGUAUUUUAUUUUAUUUUUCUGAGUAACUGAACAUCGGGAACUUGGAAAGCACCUACACUUGACUUCGCUGGUCAUUCGCUCAGUAAAAGGGACAGUUUGUGUAGGAUGUUGGAGUUUCUGAUCAUAUUGUCAGGUGUUCCUUUUUUUAUUUUUUUUCUCUUUAUUGUCCUUUUUAUUUGUCAGGAGUGACUGGAAGGAAGGAACAAUAGCAGCUCCUCUCAGGACAUUGUUUAAAAGAGAAAUUCCUUGUGUAUUCGAAAAGGGAUAGUUAAAUUAUUGUCUCUUGCUAUGGGACAGCUUGGAAUGAUAUGGUAAUUUUUUUCCGCCUCCAUGCUGUAAUAAAUUUAAUAAAUUCAAACAAAUAUCA